GAUAUAAAUUGUGUACACAAUGUUGGUACCGGUGUUUACCUUAAAUCUGAACCAGAAGAUCCUGCCAGCACGGGUGACUAUCGGCAAAUACGAUGGUGCUCACGCAUGCCUUACUGCAUCGACUACUUCAGACAAGGUGUUUAUACAUAAUCCAUAUCAACGGCUUGGCAUCUCAGGAGGUCGUAUGUCUCUUAGUCAGAGCAGCUCUGAAGUUUCGUUGCUCAACAUUAACCAGACUGUGUCAGCUGUCACCGCAGGACGCCUUUCCCAGAGCAAGACAGGUGACAUACUUGUAGUGGGAACACCUACCAAUGUGUUGGCCUAUGAUGUCCAAAACAAUGCUGAUGUUUUCUACAAGGAUGUAUCUGAUGGCGCAAAUGCCAUUACCAUUGGACAUUUAGGUCGAAAUCCCUUACCACUGGCACUUAUUGGGGGUAACUGCUCCAUCCAUGGCUUUGACGGUGAUGGCAAUGAUCCUUUUUGGACUGUGACAGGAGACAAUGUGUCUUCUAUCACUCUGACUGACUUUGAUGGUGAUGAUGAAAAUGAGCUUUUGGUGGGCUCCGAGGACUUUGACAUAAGAGUGUUCAAGCGUGAAGAGAUUCUGUUUGAAAUGUCAGAGACUGAGGCAGUGACAGCUUUAUGCCCAAUGCAUGGUUCUAGAUUUGGAUAUGCACUUGCUAAUGGAACUGUCGGAGUUUACGAAAAAAUAUCAAGGUGGUGGAGGAUAAAGUCCAAAAAUCAGGCAAUAGCUAUCUACAGUUAUGAUAUUGAUGGGGAUGGCGUUCCGGAGUUGAUUACGGGAUGGAGUAAUGGAAAGGUAGAUGCUAGAAAUGACCGGAGUGGAGAGGUCGUCUUUAAGGAUAACUUCCAAGGAACAGUGGCUGGUAUAGUCCAAGGUGACUACAGAAUGGAUGGCAAAAACCAGCUCAUUUGUUGUUCAGUUGAUGGAGAAGUGAGAGGAUACCAGUCCUCUUCUCCUGAGAGUCGGUAUUCACUCAUGGAUGUUAACAUUGAGCAAGAGACCAUCCGAGAGCUAAGCCAACGCCGACACAACCUACUGAUGGAACUGAAGAAUUACGAGGAGAAUCAACGAAUGGGUUCGUCUGGCGAGGUUCUCUUUGGCAAGCCGUCAUCCGCAGGAGACCAAGUUGGAGUUAUCCCAGCAAAUACGCAACUACAGACUGGUCUUGCUAUUAACAUGGGAAAUGAAGAAAAUAGUAAACCACCGCAUGUGGAGAUAGCUCUUGCAACAACAAAUGAUACUGUAAUCCGUGCUGUCAUCAUUUUUGCUGAGGGCAUCUUUGAGGGAGAAAGCCAUGUGUUUCAUCCUAGAGAAAAUUCUCUGACAAGCAACAUAAGGGUUCCUCUGUACCCACCAAAGGAUGUACCAGUAGAUCUUCACAUUAAAACAAUGGUAGGGUACAAGGGGUCACUUCACUACCACGUGUUUGAACUGACUCGCCAACUUCCUCGGUUCUCCAUGUAUGCUCUUUGUACAACGUCCGUCAACCAGCCUCAAGGGUUUGUCAAGUUCAAGCUAAAUGAAAGAGUUGCAAGAAUUGUGAUGUGGAUCAAUUCGAGUUUCCUGCUGCUGGAAGACAUGCAGGCCAAUAGCAGUGGGGGGCUGGAGGUCUCAUUUCUCUCCUUGAGGUCCAGCUUGCCUCUCAUCAUCGAGGUCUCUUCCGUGUGCGACAUAGUGAUCAGGACAGAUGACAUGGACCUAGCGGGGGAUAUCAUACAGGCCCUUGCAAAUUACCUCAAUCUGGAAGAUUUACAAGUAGAAGCCGAUUUCCCAGGAGAACUAGAGCAGUUGGGAUCCGUUCUUGAGCGCGUUGAAGAAUACCACGCCACUCGCCAGCGUCUGUCGGCGGAAAUGGCCGACCACUCUGGCGUCAUCCGUACCUUAGUCGUCAGGGCAGAGGAUGCUCGUCUUAUGUCAGACAUGCAGAGCAUGCGGCAGUGGUAUGGGGAGCUGUACAACCUUAACAAGGACCUCAUCAGCGGGUACAAGAUCCGAUGCAACAACCACCAGGAGCUCCUCAGCUGCCUGAAGCAGGUCAAUCAGACCAUCCAAAAGGCAGGGAGACUUAGAGUUGGAAAGUCGAAGACGGUAGUUGUCAGCGCCUGCAGACAAGCUAUAAAAAGCAACAACAUCAACGCACUCACUAAGAUUAUUCGUUCUGGAACAACCUGAAGUAACUAAUGUCAUAAAAGGUUCAUAAAUUGUUAUAUAUUACAACAUUGUGAUUUUUAAAUGAAUGUAAUGUGCAUUAACAUAUAGAUAUGUUAUGAAAAUGGUAUGGAAGCACAGUAUUAUUAGUAGAAUAUAUGAUUUUUAAAGCACAUUGAGUAAGCCCUGGAUGGGAGGAGUUCAUGCCGGUUGGAAAAUCUCGCUGAGCCUUCCAGGAAAUUAGAAAGGGGGCUUAGACACUUGUAGCUUCAAUCUAAAGCAGGAUAUGUGGAUGGCUGGUCAUUUGGCGUUGAUCCCCUUGGGUGUGUAUUACAGUGAUUUUUAAUCUAGUCAGUCAAGUGCUCCAAGCUGGACGGCAGGUGAUGUUAGGAAUGUGGCAAAGUUGACAAGCAUGCUAAUGGUUGUGUGCCUGUAGUGUUGGAAUAAAACUUUUUUUUUUCUUUUUUUUUA